AUGAUGUGGGCCCUCCGUGCCUUAUGCCCUCUCUGCUGGCUCCUGGCAUCGCCCGAGCGCGUGGAUCCCACCCUGCGCAUGGAGAACGUGGAGAGCAUGGAGAACGUGGACAGGGACAGGGCCAGCAGCUUCUUGCUCCACCGCUGGACGCGGCCGCAGCCGGAGGCACAGACGCAGGCACAGCCGCAGGUGCAGGUGGAGGAGGCUGAGCUGCAGGGGGAACGAACCCUGCCGCAGACCCUGCCAUGCCACAACAACAGCCUCGUGCUGUCCGGAGAGUACGAGGUCAAGGAGGAACUCGUGCUGCAGGGUCCCUGCAACAUCAGCGCGACCGGCGCACAGCUGCGGCUCCGGGCCCCCAUCGUCUUCAACGGCAACGUGGCCCUCAGCGGGAACCUGACGAUCGUGGGAGGCGGAGGCCCCCCCUUCGAGAAGGCCUGCACUUCGGUGCGCGGCGACCUCCUCCUGAACGCCGGGUCGCACCUGCACAUCGAAGGCUGCCGGAGCAGCGAAGUCAAAGGUGAAGGAGGGUGCCUGCAAGUUUCGAAGGACCUCGAGAUCCGUGGAGGAGUGCACCUUGCGAAUUGCCACGCAGAAGGUUAUGGAGGGGGGGCCUCCGUUCAAGGCAACAUCCGCCUCACGGGAGGCAAGCUCUAUGCAGAGAGCUGCAGCGCCAAGCGUUUCGGAGGCGCCCUCCGUUCCGGCAACAUCGCGAUCAGCGACGCCUCCAUCGAGGUCCGCAAUGUGACGGCCAGAAGAGGAGGCGCCCUUUAUUCCUCCUACAAGAUGUCGAUCGCCAACGCCUCUCUGGAGGUCCACAAUGCGAUGGCCGAAUAUGGAGGCGCCCUCUAUUCCCACAAGAUGUCGAUCGCCAACGCCUCUCUGGAGGUCCACAAUGCGAUGGCCGGUGAAUAUGGAGGCGCCCUCUUUUCCGCCAUGAAGAUGGAGAUCGAUAACGCCUCCCUCCAAAUCCACAACGCCACGGCCGGUGGACAUGGAGGCGCCCUCUGUUCCUUCAACAUGGCGAUCGCCAACGCCACGCGACUCGAGGUCCGCAACGCCGUGGCAGGUGGAAGUGGAGGCGCCCUCUAUUCCGAAGGGAACAUGGCGAUCGCCAACGCCUCUCUGGAGGUCCACAAU